AUGGCAGGAAUAAUGACAAAACCCACUAUUGCUGCACCAAAUUGGGAAAGGAAAGCUGACAGCAGUAGUAUAGUAACCGGCCGCGAAUUUGAACGAUUGAAAGAUGAAGUAGUGGAGGAGAUGUCGAAAUCUUUCCCAUUAACAGAUCAUCCAGCUCCAAUACAAGUCAUUGAAACUCUUGAUGAACAACACCAGUUUCGUUUGGAUGAAGGAGCGCUUGAAAAAGUCCUCCUGAGUCCAGAUGUUAUCGAUAAGAAAGUGUCUGUAAUCAGCGUGGCGGGCACGUUCCGGAAAGGAAAAAGUUUCCUUCUGAAUUUCUUUCUGCGUUAUCUGGGUGCCUCUGAAGAAAAGCGACGCUCUGGAGAUUGGAUUUAUGGUGGUGAUCGCUUGGAUGGAUUUAGUUGGCGAGGAGGUAGCGAACGUGAAACUAGCGGUAUUUUAGUAUGGUCACGACCGUUUAUUAUGCGCAAUCGAGAUGGUGAAGAUACAGCUGUUAUACUGAUGGACACUCAGGGAGCUUUUGAUAGCCGAAGUACAGUAAAAGACUGUGCUACCAUUUUUGCCCUUUCAACUAUGAUUUCUUCUUUGCAGAUUUACAAUUUGAGUCAAAAUGUGCAGGAGGACGAUUUGCAGCAUUUACAGUUGUUUACCGAAUACGGCAGGCUGGCAUUGGAAAACGCAUCAGCUAAGCCAUUCCAGUCGUUAUUAUUCCUUGUACGUGACUGGAGUUUCCCAUAUGAAGCAGAAUAUGGCUUCCAAGGCGGUGAACGAUUGCUUGAACGUCGUCUGCAGGUUUCCGAGAAACAACAUUCAGAGUUGCAACAACUUCGGCAGCAUAUACGUUCAUGUUUUGAGCAGAUAUCAUGUUUUCUGAUGCCUCAUCCUGGACUUCGAGUCUCUACAAGUCCAGUUUUCUGUGGACAAAUAAGUGAUAUUGAGAAUGAAUUUCAACAACAGUUACGUUCUUUUGUUCCGCGUUUACUAGACUGCAAUAAUUUGGUGUUAAAGCGAAUUAAUGGCCGAGAAAUAACUUGUCGCGAACUUGUAGAAUACUUCAGGGCUUACAUGACAAUAUUUCAAGGAGAAGACUUGCCAGAACCAAAAUCAAUGUUGAUGGCUACUGCGGAGGCAAAUAAUUUGGCAGCAGUUUCAACUUCCAAAGCGCAUUACGUGAGGAGAAUGGAAGAUGUAUGUGGUGGUGAUGCACCUUACAUGAGUUCAGCAGACUUGGCAGCAGAGCAUGAACGGUGUUACAAAGAGGCCAUUAAACUAUUCAAAGCAACGAGAAAAAUGGGUGGCGCAGAAUUUUCUGAACAGUUCUUAGAAAGAUUGCACAUUGAUAUUGAAGCAUGUUUUGAGCAGUACGAAAGCUUUAUUAAAGUGAAUAACAGUAAGAAUUUAUUCAAAUCGAUGCGAACGCCUGCUGUGUUGGUAACAUUUAUGAUCGUAGAUUAUGUGCUGCAAGAAUUUUUCCAAUUAAUUGGUCUGGAUACCAUCGCAGGCUUAUUUUCUGCUGCACUCUGUAUUGCUGUUGUUUCACUAAGUAUAUGGACUUACUCAAGAUAUAGCGGUAAUUUGAGAGAAGUCGGUGUUAUGGUUGACAAUGCAGUUACAUGGGCAUGGCAUAAUUUCUUGUCAUCAUUGACUCAAGAAAGCAUGCACCGUGCUGUUGCUAUUGGACAUCGAUUAACGCAGAACGGCACAGCAUUGCACGGCAGGCAUACAGGCGAUCGAAAAGAUAAUAAGAAUUCUUGA